GGAGGAAGAGAGAGAGAGGUAUCUGGUUACCUCAUUAUAAGGGCUCCCAACUUGCCCUGCUACCCCUGCUCCUGCAGAAGCCAGUGCUUGCUCAGAGAGCCAGCAAGAUCUUUGACCUUUCUGCUUCCAGAAUAAUGUUGGAAUAGACCUGGAAUGUCUUCAAGUCGAACCACCUAUUCAGGCAUGAAACCCUUUACCAUUUCAGGCAAAUGUUCUCCAAACUCUUCUUAAAAACUUCCAGUGUUGGAGCACUCACAAUUUCUGAAGAUAAAACCUAAUAACUUCCACCAUGUCUGAUGAAGAAGUUGAAUAUGAGGAGGAGCAGCAGGAAGAAGAGGAACAUGCUGCUGGAGAAGAAGUAGAAGAAGAAGAAGUAGCCGAAGAACCUGACCAGGUUCCUGAGCCAGAAGAAGAACGCCCUAGACCGAGGCCAAUGGUUCCACAGUUAGCUCCUCCAAAAAUCCCUGAGGGAGAGAGAGUGGAUUUUGAUGACAUCCACCGCAAGCGUAUGGAGAAAGAUCUCCUGGAACUGCAAACUCUAAUUGAUGUACACUUUGAGCAGAGGAAAAAAGAAGAGGAAGAACUUGUGGGCCUCAUGUCAAGGAUUGAACAUCGCAGGGCAGAGCGCGCCGAACAACAGCGAGUCCGCACUGAGAAAGAACGCGAACGACAGGCCAAGCUUGCUGAAGAAAAGAUGAGGAAAGAAGAAGAAGAGGCAAAGAAAAGAGCUGAAGAUGAUGCCAAGAAGAAGAAAGUGCUGUCCAACAUGGGAGCUCACUUUGGUGGAUACCUGAUCAAGGCAGAGCAAAAACGUGGCAAGCGGCAGACUGGCCGAGAAAUGAAGAUCCGGAUCUUAGCAGAGCGACGAAAACCUUUGAACAUAGACAAUUUAGGCGAGCAACAGCUGAGGGAAAAGGCCAAGGAGCUCCAUGAUUGGAUCCAUCAUCUAGAAUCAGAGAAGUUUGAUCUGAUGGAGAAACUCAGACGUCAAAAAUAUGAGAUCAAUGUUCUGUACAAUCGCAUCAGCCACGCCCAGAAAUUCAAAAAGGGUGCUGGAAAAACCAGGCUUGGUGGUCGCUGGAAGUAAAAGGGAAGCAACUUAGCAUGUGGAGCCCAAUCUGAAAGUCUCCCUGGCAACAGAAGUGACUGCUGAUUACAUCUCAUCCUUUUUUUCCUUGUGUUGCUUUGUGUUGAAUUGAAUGCUUUCCUGUCCCACUCCCUGACUCCUUGUCAUGUGCCUCUCUGACCAGUCUUGUGCCACAAGCCACACAAUAAAUCAACCUCUCUUCUUCA